CGUUGCCGCCAUGGCGCCUCGACCCGAUGAUUGACUCCGACCGCCAGAGACGACAUCUUCCUCGUCUGACCCGCGCACACUUUCUUGUCCGAUGCUAUGGAAAUAUGGCUGAAACAAUCGGGAGCCUCGGGCUUAGACGACUUGGAACUUGCCGACUUCUCGGACGCUGGGCGCGGCAUCAGAGCGCUGCGGCGAUUUGAAGAGAAGGAAAAAAUCCUCACGAUUCCACAUGGACUUCUUUGGACAGUCAAGCGUGCAUAUGCUGAUCCCGUCCUGGGACCACUCCUCUCCUCGACACGGCCGCCCUUGUCUGUGGAUGACACUUUGGCGACCUACAUUCUCUUUAUCCGAGCGCGCAAGUCAGGAUAUGAUGGCCCCCAAAGUCAUGUCGCAGCGUUGCCUGCGAGUUAUAGUUCGAGCAUUUUUUUCGCGGAUGCCGAGUUGGAAAUUUGUGCAGGAUCUUCACUCUACACGACCACGAAGCACCUGGCUCGUCAAAUUGAGGUCGAUUAUAAGGACUUAGUGGCGAGACUGUUUGGACGACAUCGAGAUGUGUUUCCCAGCGACAAGUUUACUAUCGAUGAUUACAAAUGGGCACUCUGUACCGUGUGGAGUCGUGCGAUGGAUUUCAAGCUGCGUGACGGAGAGUCCAUUCGAUUGAUGGCGCCCUUUGCAGACAUGUUGAAUCACUCACCCGACGUGGGACAGUGUCAUGUGUACGAUCCUCAAUCUGGAAAUCUCUCUAUUCUUGCCGGAAAAAGCUACGAACCUGGAGAUCAGGUCUUCAUCAAUUACGGACCUAUUCCCAAUAACCGUCUUUCACGUCUCUAUGGCUUUGUCGUGCCCGGUAAUCCCAACGACAGCUAUGAUCUCGUGCUUUCGACGCAUCCCAUGGCGCCCUUCUUUGAGCAAAAGCACAAACUCUGGAUAGCCGCUGGGCUCGACUCUACCUCCACUGUCUCUCUCACUCUCACCGACCCGCUGCCAAGGAGCGUGCUUCGAUACCUCCGUAUUCAACGAUUGAACGAAACCGAUCUUGCUGCCGUGGGAACCCGUCAAAGCGAUGUUGCAUUCGAGAAAAUCAGCGAUUCCAACGAAACAGAAGUUCUCACCUUCUUGGUUGAAUCCAUCUCUGCUCUCCUUGAUGGUUUUACACUUCAAUUAGAACAGCUAGAAGAGCAACUCGAGGCGGGCCUCUACACUCCAGGCGAGAACACUUGGUUGGCAGCUCACGUCAGUCUGGGUGAACAGCGCGUGUUGAGAUUGGCGAGAAAGACAGCAGAGGCUUCGUUAGCAGCCGUGGUAUCGUCGUCAACAGCGGCACAAUGCGCAAACUGCAACAAGAUCCUGACGCAGGUGAUGCGGUGUGGAAGGUGUAACAAGGUCAUGUACUGCGGGCGAUCGUGCCAAGUCGCUCAUUAUAAACGACACAAGGCAAAUUGUCGAGCUACUGGGCCAUGAGGGAGGAAGAGAAGAAAGAUACUAUGAACGAACUCUAGAUUUGCGAACAAUAUAUCUCCUAUUGGAGAGCACGAUUGGUAUUUGUAUCUUCCAGAAUGCAAUCUCCCCAAGACAUCAUCUUGAAAGCUGGGCUAGCAUGCAGACUUGGUUGGCAUGGGAUCCAUAUAUCUCGUGAGUGG